AUGAUUGAUGUUCCUAUGCUAAGCGAUGAUAAUCACCAAGAGUGGAAAGACGUUGUUCUCCUACACUUAGGGUUGUUAGAGAUGGAUUUUGCUAUUCACAAUAAAGAGCCUGCUCCUAUCACUAAUGAUAGCUCUGAGGCUGACAAGAAAUUUCAUUCACAAUGGAUUAGAUCUAAUCGGUUGUGUGUGUAUUUCAUUAAGACACGAAUCCCAAGAAGCAUUCGUGGGUCAAUUGACCAUUGUGAUAAAGUCGAACCCUUGUUCAAAGCUAUUGAUGACCAAUUUUCUACAUCCAAUAAAGCUUUGGCAAGUACUCUAAUCAUGAAGUUUGUUGGUCUUCGUCUUUCCACUAUUAAGGGCACGCGCAAACACAUCAUGCAAGUAAGGGAUAUUGCGGCUCAACUGAAUAAGUUGGACAUAAUUUUGCCAGAUACCUUUGUUGUGCACUUUGCACUUAACAGCCUCCCUCAACACUAUAGCCCUUUUAAGAUCUUCUAUAACACACAUAAGGACAAAUGGUCUAUCAAUGACUUGAUAACCAUGUGCACAAGAGGAACAGAGGCUUAUUGA